UGUUGUCAUACCUCUGGUAUUCGCCAAAGUGACAGGACAAAAUGAAGUCAAGAACAUGUUUUUCCUUUUCAUGUGCUUUUUUAUGUGGUGCGGAAGUGCAGUUAUUGGAAUCGACAUUUUCAUUCUCCAAUUCUCUGGUUACAAUAAACAGAUUGGGAUGCACUUCAUGUACGUCAAAGAUCAAGUUGACAGGGCGUUUGGUCUUUAUCAAGCCAAUUUGACACCCAACUUUCUCAUUGGAGUUUUGCUAUGCACCGAAGUCCUCGCGAAUCUCUUCUUGGUUUUGUCAUUCUAUGAUUUUUGGGAAGUCUGGUACAGGACCCACGACCCGAGAACCUCACACUUGCCCAAGAAUCCUGAGCCGGCGCCAAGCCCUCCGCCCGUUGAACAGCCAAAGCCAGUUAAAAUGCCAGAGCAACCCAAAGGACCUCCUACAAAGCAUCCAGAAGUGACUGUCGGGCUGCAGUUCGAGAUGAAAGUGAACAGGUUCAAAAACUCAGACGGUCAAGAACAGAUCGUACAAGAGGUGCAAGUGAAUACUAUUGUCCCAGGGGGUGCUGCCGACAAGGCAGUGCAAGCGAAUGGGAGAAGAGUUGCCAAGGGAGAUGUAGUUCUCAAGGUCGGAGAUAUCAAAGAGGAUGGAACGGCUGACUUGCAAGAUGUUUAUGGGAAACCGAUAGUCGGGUCAGACGGUUGGGUGCACAUUGUCCAAGGGAAACCAGCUGGAACGAGGAUCCGAUUCCUGUUUGCAAGGCAUGAAGAAAAGUUGCAGUUUCAAUACGACAUUGUUCGUGAGCUUGUGCCAAAUUUCAUGAAGCAAUAUGGCGUGGACGGUCCCCCUCCAUUGCCUCCUGAUUAUGAAUAGACUGAGUACCUGUCUUGUCAUUUGAAUAGAAAUUAGAGGAUCAAACGUAGGAUUGCGUUCAUUUGUACAAUGCAUUUCGCAACGAAAAUC